AUGGACGACGUCGACUUUGACUCGGGCGAGGAGCUCUUUGACAACAUCGACAACCAGGACCUGCUCCCGUCACAGAAGCGCAGGCGCCACGACCAAGAUGGACACGACGACACUGCCUCUGGCGCCACGAAACGCCAGAGACGCGAUGCGUCGCACGCCGCCCUCGCCCGUCGGAUCCUGACCGACAAGUUCGGCUACCACAGCUUCAAUCACCAGCAGGAGGCUGUCAUCGGCCGCGUCCUGGCUGGCGAAAACACGCUCGUUAUUUUCCCCACGGGCGCUGGCAAGUCCCUUUGCUAUCAGAUUCCAGCCAUUGCCUUCGAGGAGCUCGACACGACUGACGGCUCCAGGGCCCCCGGCCAGUCCGGAAUCAGCAUUGUCGUGUCGCCAUUAAUCGCUCUCAUGAAGGAUCAAGUCGAUGCCUUGCAGAGCCGCGGCAUUCCUGUAGCGUCCAUGAACUCCACAAAAACUUAUGAGCAGCAGCAACUCACCCGCGUCGCCUUGCAAAAGGGACAAAUUCGCCUUCUGUAUUGCGCCCCCGAGAGACUCAACAACGAGUCCUUCAUCGAGAAUAUGAAAACUGUCCCCGGAGGCGUUCGACUCGUCGCUGUCGACGAGGCCCACUGCAUCUCUGAGUGGGGCCAUUCAUUCCGCCCUGAAUAUCUCAAAGUCGCUCGGUUCGCUCAAGAGAUCAACGCCGAGCGAGUCGUCUGCCUGACUGCCACCGCCACCCCCAAGGUUGCCGACGACGUUUGCAAGGCAUUCAAGGUCGACAGCUCGUGUGUUUUCCGCACAUCUCCAUACAGGCCCAAUCUCCAUCUCUACGCGGAAUCUGUCCAACAAAAGCAAGACAAGUUUGAAAAAACCUUUGCGUUUCUGAAGUCCCAGCCUGGUCCAACUCUCAUAUACGUCACCUUGCAAGCGCAAGCAGAGUCGCUCGCCAAGGAUCUCACGCAUCAAGGCUUCCAUGCUGAGGCAUUUCAUGCGGGCAUGAAAGCCGAAGUAAAGCUGCAGAUCCAGGAUGACUUUAUGGCAUCCAAGAUUCCGAUUGUUUGUGCAACUAUCGCGUUCGGUAUGGGCAUCGACAAGCAAGAUAUCCGAAACAUUAUUCAUUGGGACAUUCCCGCCACUGUCGAAGAAUACACCCAGCAAAUCGGUCGCGCCGGUCGAGACGGCAAGGCGAGCCACUGCAUGCUCUACAUCUGCCACGAAGACUUCUAUAUUCGGGAGAACUUUGCACGUGGAGACCUUCCGUCACGGACGUCUCUAAAGGCCCUGCUUGAAGACAUCUUUGACGAGGACGCCGUCUUGUUACCGGUUGACGGGGUAAUACAUACGAACCACAAUGCUCAAUCCAAGGACUUUGACAUACGGCUCUCGCCGCUGAGCAUCAUAUAUGCGUCGCUGGAACUCCGCUUUGGGCUCAUCCGGGCCAUCACACCCCAGUUCACACAGUACUCCUUCGAGGCAACAUCCAAGUACUACCCAUCAUUAAAAGCGGACAAGUCCGAGGAGGGAAAGGCUAUCUUUUCCAAUGCCCGCAAGGCGGCGAAAUACCAUCACAUUGACGUCUCAGGUGUCGCGAGAGCAACGGGCCUUCUGCGUGCAGAUCUUGUCAGGAAACUCAACCAGCUGGAAGAACGGGAGUGCAUCAGACUUAAGGCCAGCGGGAUCGAGCAUCGGUAUCGCAUCCUCCGGUCUCUUCCAUCAACAGAUGGCGCAAUCGUUAAACUGGUGGACGAACUGUACGCCGACCUUGAGUUUCGGGAGGAAGAGGUCAUGCGUCGGGUUCAGCAAAUGGCUGAUCUGAUAACCGGGACCAAAUGCUUCGCAUUAGCCCUCGCCGAACACUUUGGGAUGAAGCUUCCAGAUGGAAAAAGGAAUUGUGGACAUUGCACCUUCUGCCUCCUGGGAUGGCCGGUCGUCUUGCCACCCAAGCCCCCUAAAGCAGUCGACAGGGCGGGAAUGGAGCGAAUCCUUCAGGCUUGUGAUGUCCGAGACGAUCCGAGGUUCUUGGCUCGUGUUGCGUUUGGCAUCAAAAGCCCCAGAGUCACACAGUUGAAGUUGGACAGGUCGCCGGUGUUUAGAUCCUUGGCCGACCACGACUUCAAGACACUGCUGAAGGAGUUUACCGCCGCGUGCGAGGAGGCUGGCGCGGACUCGAGGCGUUGA